UGGCCGUUAUAAUCGCGAGGUUGCCAUUCCGUGGAGUCCGACGGCGUUAAAGCAACGAGGGUCCAUUCUAGGUUUUGACCAUUUCAUACUAAAAACGAACCAUGCCGCGUGUGUACGUGGGCAGAUUGAGCUAUCAUGUGUUGGAGAAGGACAUUCAGAGAUUUUUCAGCGGCUACGGAAAGCUUUUGGAGAUUGAUCUAAAGAACGGGUAUGGGUUUGUAGAGUUUGAAGACACCCGUGAUGCGGAUGAUGCAGUAUAUGAGCUGAAUGGUAAAGAGCUGUGCGGGGAGCGUGUGAUUGUGGAGCAUGCAAGAGGACCCCGGCGAGAUCGAGACAGAGACAGAGAAAGGGACCGAGACAGAGAAAGAGAGAGAGACCGAGAUGGAUACAGUGACCGGGAUGGAUACAGUGGGGGUUAUGGGGGUGGUGGGCGCAGCAGUAGUGGUUACAGCAGCAGGAGCCGAAGUGGAAGAGACAAAUACGGACCCCCCGUUCGCACUGAGUAUCGUCUGAUAGUGGAGAACCUGUCCAGUCGUUGCAGCUGGCAGGACCUCAAGGACUUCAUGCGUCAGGCUGGAGAGGUGACCUAUGCUGAUGCCCACAAAGAAAGGACGAAUGAGGGUGUCAUUGAGUUUCGGUCCCACUCUGAUAUGAAGAGAGCCAUGGACAAGUUGGACGGUACUGAUAUUAAUGGGAGAAAAAUUCGUCUAGUGGAGGACAAACCUAGGCGACGCCGUUCCUACUCUGGAAGCAGGUCAAGGUCUCGUAGCAGACGCCGCUCUCGCAGCAGGAGCCGCAGUUCACAAAGCCGUUCCAGGUCCAGAUCUCGGUCAAGGUCCCACAGCAAGCGCCACUCCCGUUCCAGGUCUGGUCACAAGUCCCGUUCCAGGUCUGGUCACAAGUCCCGUUCCAAGUCUCCAAAGUCACGCUCCAGGAAGUCCAGGUCCCGCUCCCAUACGCGAAAGUCACGCAGUCGCUCCACUAGCCACAAGUCCCGUUCUCACUCUGAUACCCGUAAAUCUCGCUCCAAGAGUCGUUCCAAAGCAAAGUCUGACAGAGAUUCCAGAAGCCGCUCCAAGGAAAAGUCUGUCAGUAGGAAGUCUCGAAGCCACUCUGCUUCACCAAGAGAGAAUGGAAAUGGAAAGCGAGCCAAGACGGCUUCACGUUCUCCAUCCCCUAAAAAGGAUCGCUGUCAGUCAGAGUCGCCUGGCAAACGUUCAGCCUCUCGUUCUCCAUCACGAUCAAAGUCCCGCUCUCGUUCUAGGUCAGCCUCACAAGACUAGUGUCUCGCUGAUUAGAUUGCAUGGCAGCAAAUGAUUUCUUAUGCACAGCUAGGUGUAAAAUUGAUCAUUCACCACAUUCUUAUGAUGGCUGUACCCCAGUGUAGGAUUGAUUACAGUGCUGUUUUCAACAUUGCAUGAAAGUAAUUACAUACCAGAUCUUGUUUUUGUUUUCCCCCACAAAACUUUUUUUUUUUUUUAUAUAUCUCAUUUAGUUUUGAUUAGUUAUAAACUUUUGUGCUUCUUGGUAUUGAUCAGGCCAUUGGUUGUUGUUGACUCUGGAUGUCUUUAAAAGGCUCAUCGCCUAAAGCUUUUGUGUCGGGGUUAGAGAAGGCGAAAACAUGAUGUGCCAUAGCCUUGAAUUUGUUUUGAUGCAUUUCUAAAUUUUCAGCUAGUAUCCUUUUAUGCUGUACUCGACAAAUGUUGGAAACAUGCAUUAGAUUGGUUGACUAAGAAAUGCUUUCUCCCUGUGUAGUAUGUUCAUUCCUGUUUUUUUUUUCUUUUGAAAGAUGUUAGUGCUUGAAAUGUCUUUUGAUGUAGCUUAAGAUUUUUAAAGUAGUGUAAUACAUCACUGCACUUUCAGCCUGAUUUCUUUGUCCAGGAUUGAUCUAAUUUUAAAAUGAGUUUUUGAAUAAUUUACAGUGUUUUAGUUAAAUAAACAUUCAAUUGGUUUUCACGGUU